AACCCCUCAGCCGCCUUGGGGAAGGGAGAGCCCGCCUCCCUGCAAACAAGGGAUUGGCACGUUCCCUCCCUUCGGCCCCGGGCGGCCUCGCCUGGAUUAGCCGAGCGGGGAAGUCAGUCACCCGGAGGCGCUGCGGGAGCCUCUCCCGGAGGUGUGCGCGCCGCGCGCCUCGCACCUGCGCGCCGCCCCGUCGCUGCAACCUGUUUAGCUUUGCCCCGUCCGAAGGGCAGGAAGGGCGCCGCUGCCGGCGCGGGAGCCUCACCUGGCCGGCGAGGCGGGGGCUUGCCAGGUGUUUGGUGUGGGGGGCGAUGCUGUGGGCGCAUUGCAGGCGGCUAAGGGUCAUCGGCCCCGGCUGACCACCGCAGCGCCGGAUCCACGAUGAACAGGGAGCCUCGCCGGGUAGAUCUCAGCUUCUUGAACGAGGAAGAAGCCAAGCAGAUCUUCCGAGUGCUGGAGCGGGACUCGCAGCUCAAAAGGGCCGAGAAGGAGAGGAUCAGCAAACUUCAUAAGGAAAAGGAAGAUGCAACAGGAGUACCAGGGGUGACCGGAGACUGGUUUGAAGAAAUCCAGAAGAGAAAAUUUCAGAAUGAGGCUGAUGCUGGCAAAAUGUUCAAACCACCCCUAGUUCACAGACUGCGAAAGUCCGUCGGAAAUGAUGCAAAACCCUCUGCCCCGCUGAUCCCACAAACCCAGAAGAAUGCCUCCCCUUCCAUCCUGGGAGGGCUGCGUAUGCCUUUUGCAUCUCUCUUCUCCUCCUUCAGGAAAUCUAAACGGCAGCAUUCAAAGCCUCUGCAAAAGCAGCUGCAACACCCUCCACGAUAUGACCCCUUUGCUGCGGGCUCCCACAUGUCUUCCAAGGUGGAGGAAAUGGCAACGAUUGAAACAUGUGACAGCCCUUUGCCCUCUGAACUGGCAAAUCAGGGUCUGGAUGCAAACCAAGCCGAGAUGACAGAUGACAGCACAUGUACAUGGAACGAGCAGCUGGAAAAUGAGCUCUUACGAGUCCUGGGGAGUCUGGAUGACCAGCUGGCACAGGAACAAUCCCGAGGAGAAGCAGGGAACAGGAGGACCCCAGCCAACUCUGGUUCCAGAGCGCCAGACACUGAUCCCUAUUCAGCUUUUACUCGACCGGGUUUCCUUGGAGGGGUGCAGAGAAAUGAACGGAGCAUGUUUUUGUCAGAUGGGACAAGGACGCUGCGAGCCACUGAUGAACAGAAAGCUUUAUUCAGGCCAAGGGUGCCGUGUGAUACAUAUACGAAAAGGCAGCAUGCGAAGGACGGCACAUACGGGGAUGUUUAUGGCAGAAGCUCCCCUGUCUUGAAGAGAGUGAAUUCUACUCGCUCCCUGGGACAUUCCUCAGAAGGCAGCUUGCAUCUCCCUCCGGGACAACGCAACAGUGGAUUUUGGCACAAGGACUUCACGCCCAGAAAUUCGGUUGGCAGGAGUUACUCGCUGUCUUGCCUUGCAAGGCGCCCGUCUUUCACGUCUGUGGACCAGCUUUCCGCAGCGAGCCCGCAACACCCUCUGGAAGGCAACAGAGUCUUUGCACCAAGGAACUAUCGCCAGCAUCCCAGGCGGACUCCCCUGUCGUCUAUUGUAUGGAAUACACCGCCACCUUCAGAGCAUCCUGUAUACCCAGACGGGCUUCUUAGGACGCAGUCGUUAAUGGAGUUUGGCCCAGUGUUUGAGGACACGUACCCUUGUUCUCUGCAGAAGGACACAAGAUACGGAUUUUACAGAACAAAAGUAAAUUACAGAAGAGCAGUGCCAGUUAUGAGCAAUCCCGUUUUUGCGGACAAACAUACAGACCUGCUGGGGUUUGACAACCGGGAGAAUUUUUUGUUGCAUCAGCUGGGAAUGAGCGCUUCAAAGCCCCGCUAUAGAUACCCAUCCUUUCAUGGCAGGAUGGGCCUCCCCCGCAAGAGUUUUCCUUCUGGAAGAAUAGAGGAGAGGCUUCUUAUGCCCACUGACCACCAUUAUUACAACAACGAAGUCUUUGUCGGCCCUGAUGCUGACGUGGAAAGGAUUCCGCCGAAUCCCAGAAAUUGGCAUGGUGCCUAUGCGAAAAAAAUGGGCUUGCCGCCGCGGGGUGAGAGGGAUGCUCAGAGCCGUGUAUCGGAUUACGUCAGGAGGCACAUGGAUCGUUCAGAAGGUGUACGAAACAAACCGUUUGCACAGCAUGCAGAGGGUGUGCAGAGCUGUCCAGCACUUGAUUUAUCCGUCCGAAAUGGCCAAACGGAAUAUGCAGCACAAAGACAAAAUCCUUUCAUUAGAGCUGGACAAGCUUCCUCAAAGGCUUUGGCUAAGCACUUUGAAACCAAGAGAAACUUUAAAGCAGAAGUGCAGAGUGGUGCUGACCGGAUGGACAAAAUGGACAGCGGAGGCGACAGUGAAGCAACAUUAAGAGUAAUUUCUGAUCCGGUAGACACACAUAGUCCCGCUGAUUCUUUGAUGCCUCUUUGUAAGAACUCUUCUGCAGUUGACCCACAAAGCUGCACAUCUCUUAAACCACCUUACUUACUGUGUUCAAAGUCAGAUUCCAUAACAGAUACCGGAAACAGUUAUUUAUCAAACAUUCACAACAGAACUGGACGAAGAAAUGAAGGCAAUUGUGCCAUAAAUAGUGAUCUCGAUCAAACGACUCCCCCUCAGUUAACUGCCAGCAACCCAAGGACAUCAAUUCUUCAUCUCUUGGAACGAGAGGGGCAUGGUGUGGAAAGCUUAGGAGCUCUCACACCCAACAAAACGCCUGGGAAUAUUUGUUUGUCUGCUUUGAGCAGAGGCCCAAAAGUGCUUGUUGAAGAUGAAUUGCCAUAUUCUCGCACUGAAGAUUUCAACAAGUGCAAUAGGUUUGUUAAACACACAACUAGCAAUAGCGUCACUGGCUCUCCCAGUAACAGCCCUCCCAAAUCUCCUGUAACAUAUUGCACCUUACCUAGAAAAUCUGCCAGUAUUGAUGGUAGUAUUGUAUCGGAGAAACCUAUCUCUUCUCCUGCAAGGCAAAUCUUAUUUAAAAACAACAGAGCUUUGGGAGAUAAUUUAGAAUCCAUUGCAUCGAAUAGAAUGGGGGGGAAAUUUCCAAAUCAGAGAGCUAAAAGCUUCUUGCUAAAUUCAGCCCGUUCUCCCUUAAGUCCAUCACCAAAGGAUGUCUCCUGUAAUCUUUCACCAGCUAAAGGCAAUCCUUCACUGAUAACCCAAGAGCCUAGCAAAUCUGUCGGUUCUAAUAACGCCAAGGGGAGAAGCACCAUCGUACAGAGUCCAGACAAAACUGAAAUUUCUGUGCUUUCUGAAUGUGAGGGAACUGAUGCAGGAAAUCCCUUAAAGCAGUACAAAACUACCAGCACACUUACAGUUAGCAUUGAGGAAGAUAAUGUAAAAUAUCACGAGUUGAUUUCGGUUUACUACACCUUACCACGGAAACAGUCGAGAACGCUGAGCAACCUCUUUCUAGAUGAUAACCAGAGCACAGACUCUUCCCCGCCCAAAGGCAAAUUUGAGCUUCCGCAGAAGAAAUAUGAAGUCCGUAUUGGUUUAGGGACAGUGGCUUUUCCUUCCAGCUUAGAAAAAGAAGGAAAAGCAGAUUCUCCUGGCAAAAUGGCUGCCACACCUGAUUUGUCGCAGAACGCAAAAACUUCUGAUGAUGCUAAUAAAGAAGAUUGCUAUCGUGUCACGGAAAGAGCAGGUGCUUCUCUAAGUAUGCUGCAUAAUAGGGAAGGAGUGUUAGGCCCUCCAGCAGAAACGCCAGACCUUGCAUUUUCCAACAGGGUAGUCUCACAUGGAUCUUCAGGUGACCUGAAACCUGGUGAAACCACGAAUGAAUCUGUUAGUGCUACUACCAGCAGACAGUGCAAGGUGCAUAUUUUCAAGUUUCCCUCUCAACUGCAGAAAGAGUCAAAAGUUGACUCAUCAUUAAGCCACAGCUCAUCAAAUACCACAGACAUUAGACAAGAUGUAGAGGUCAAAGGAAGGUCUUGUUAUAGAGGCCCUAGUAUUUCCAAAAAGGGCAAUGAAUUGCAGUCGAGAGGUGAAAACAUUGGGAGCAGCACAGAUGAAGCAUUCAUUUCAGAGGCCAAGGUGCAUUCUAAGUUCCAGAACCAAACAUUACAACUUGACGCAACUUCCACAGUUGAUCCAGCACUCCAACCAAACCAGAAUUCUUUAGAGUAUGCAAAGAAACAAAAGGAGAUGCUUCGGAAUUCUCUGCUACGCAAAGAUUACACAAAUGCACAGAGAACGGUGAGAAACUCUGCAGAUAACUCUAAAGAUCAGGCUGCAGGUACUGCACAGGAUCUGCCUGACUCUUCAGAGACUGAAAAUAAGCUUAUCUUGGAUUCCACUAAAGAUAAAGCUAGCGACAUAGAAAAAAGGAAAAACAGGCCCUCCAUUAAAAACAAGCUGGCAGCCAUGUACAAAACAAGUCGAAAGUUUUCCAGCAAGAAAAGCUCAAGUCCCAAGCCACACAUAAGUAACAUCUUUUCACAGAACAACGCUCCGUUGGAGAUCAGCCACCCUCAUAGUAUGUUGAUUUCACCUGAUGUUCCUCCAUCACUUCUCCAAGCAGGAAAUGAGAACCAGAAUAGGAACCCUCUGGCUGAUGAAUUUGACAACAUGGUGCUGGACAAGUCCGACAGUAAGAAACCUCAAACUAACGAGGGUCCCCCAUUGCUUACCAAUGAGGUUAGAAGACCUUUUACAAACUUGUGCAACCAAAAAAGAGAGAACCCCAGAAUUGCGACCCCACAGAAUUCUACAGCCUUGUUUCCAAAAGGAAGUAUGUCCACAACAAGUAGUAAUUUCCAAACAGAUGAUAGACUGGAAAAUAUUAGUUGUUCCGUCCCCUCCAAAAUUAUAUUUGCAGAUUCAAAGCAAAUGGAAAAGGAUGUUGUUAAUGUUGGCGAGCAUUUGUUUUUCCCACUUUCAUCUGAUAAUACCUCAAACAUUCUUAACAAAAGUUAUUCAAAGAUCUGUCCGUCGCAAAAGAUGACCUCCCCUACAGAAUAUGACCACCAUCCAAACAUCAAGGAGCCAAACAGGUUGAGAAAGCUAAGCCGACCCUACAUUGAACCAGUCCUAUAUCCCAGCAAAGCUCAACGCGAACGGCAUUUUUCUGAAAGUUCCUAUACUCGGGCGCCCUGUGAUCGCCUGGCCUCCAGGAGCAACUUGAUAAGCCAUGGCAGUAGGUACAAUCGGAAGUUCAAAUCCCACUCUGAACUGUUGUCUUGUGAUGAAAAUGAGAACUGGGAGACAGAAAACGAAAGCUACAAGACCUUUGGUUCCAGGCGUGUGUUGUACCCAUCAAUUGAGUUUGGCAUUUUUGGGAAAGAGCAGCAGCAGGCUUUCUUGGAUAACAUAAAGAGGUCACUCACAGAGGGACGGUUGUGGAGUCCGUGUCUUCUGAAGAACUCUAGUUCUCCGAGGAAGGAAGAGGAUUGUUCCUUGAACAGAUCACAUCUGCUGAGCGCCAGUUCUGCUGAUAAAAACACAUCAGCAGGAGACUCGCGCCCAAAUAAGCCGGUUGAUGUCCACGGAGAAGACCCUACAGAUUAUUCAGAUUCAGACUCCAGCACCACUACAGAUGAUGAAUACUACCUGGAUGAGAACGAUAAGGAGUCAGAACUCUGAGGCACAAUG